GAGCGGGAUCCGGGCGGAACCUGUGUCCCCCCCCCCCCCCCCCUCCCCAGGCUCCGGGCGGAACCUGUGUCCCCCUCCCCCGGUUCCGGGCAGCUCACAGGGGAGUGUGGCUGUGAUUCCGGGCUCGGAGAUAGGCCCCGGGGGCUUCCGACAGAGACAGGGACCCCGCCGUAACAAAACCAACCCCCGACCCUAUCCCCUCCCGGGGGUGGAGGAAGCUCCGUCAGAUGGCUACACCCAUGUCGGUUGUGCGACUGCCCAGGGGUCCCAGUGGGCAUAGCCGAGGCUUUGAUCCAACCUCACCGCGGUAUCAGGCCCUGGCUCCCUCCUCCAUCCAAGCCUCCACCAACGGCUGCCUCAAGGAGGAGCAGAGGUCGCGGUCGACGCUUCGGGAACGCUUCCUGCGCAGCCUGAUUGCAAUGGCGGGGAAGACCGUGGACUUCACGAUGUACGAGAGGGUCUCUGUCACUGCCACUUUCGCGGCGUCAGACAUCGACAUCCUGAACUUCCAGGUCUCUCACUUGCAGACACCACUGGGCAUUCAGAAGGAAGCGCUGUUGCGAUGCCCGGACAUCAUUGCCUAUACGUUCAACCUUUGACCUUUCCUUGCUGUUUAAGAGCGUGAAGAUUAAACCCUUUUCAUUGCCUGCGUUCAUUCCAGGUCAAGUCUUGAGCCACGCUGACAGAAACGACUGAAGAAAUGUCACCUUUUUUUACCCCGUGUGGGGGUUACUGGCAGACUGAGGUGUGGUAAUCAGAGUUCACUGGUGUUAGUCACAAACUGAUCUUUAGUUUGAAAAGAACUGUCCUUAAAAUGCAAUAAAGGUUUAGAUUAUAAAUCCAA